AUGAACUUUGCACCAGACAUUCGUGUUAAAAUAAAGUUUGUAUCUUUGAAUGGUACGCUUUCAUACUGUCAAUUCAUACUGGACCCCAAUGUUACGACAUACGAUAACUUGGUAGAACGGAUUCAGCGGGAAUUUUGCACGGAUGACGACUUUUCUAUCAGUUACCUGACGAGAGACAAGUACGGCGAACAGUUCCAAUCCCUCCUCCAAUCAGACAUCGAUCUCCACAAGGCUUUAUCCCAUUGCACCGACUGCACUCUUCGACUUUUCAUUGAGGCCAAACCCAAAAGUGAUGAAAGCUGGGAUAUUGUGAGCAGCGAUGAGGUGAUAGUCUCGCAUCCUCAGGAUGCCUCGGUGGCUAGGGUUGCUAACAUGAGCGGUCCAAGCCCUUAUUACCUAUCAUCACAACCUGUGACACCUAGCUCAUUCCCCAAGUGGUCUCCUUCAGUCUCUACUGGCUACCUAGCCUCCACACUCCGUGCUGCAAGGGUUAGUGGAAGAUUUCUACAAAAUGUCUCACAACAGUUGGUGAAAACGGUCACUUCGCUCGAAAAGGUCAUAAACUUCAGGAGUGACCUGCCUUCUCGUCCACCUCUUUCGGAGGCAGAAUUCCGCAGCUACAUGGAUGGCUUUGGAAGAAUUGUGCAGCCUCUCGACUUUUAUCAGAAUGUCUACCUUCGUGGUAUGGACGCUAGCCUACGGAAGGUUGCUUGGCGCAUCCUCCUCAAGAUAUACCCACCUGAGUUAAGUGGGAAAGAGCGUAUGGCGUUACUGCAUAGUAGGAUUGAGAAAUAUAAGCUCUUGAAAAAGGCUUGGAAACAGGCCUACCGAGAGGGUCGAUUGACCAAGACCCAGGUCAAUGCAAUAACCUUGGCUAGUGUUGAUGUUGUCCGUACGGAUCGUAACCAUCCAUUUUACCACAACGACGGUAAAAAUCAAAGAAUAUCUCAGCUCUUUAGUAUUCUUGCCACAUAUGCAAUUUACCAUCCCGGAAUUGGCUACCACCAAGGCAUGUCGAACCUUGCAAGUCUCCUCCUCUAUGUGCAGGAUGGGGAGGGUGCAGCUUACGUCUGCCUAUGCGCCCUGAUGCGACGUCUGGCACCGAAAUUUGCUCCAGGACAUGAUCAAAUAACAAUGAUUACUCAAAUGCAGCAUUUGCAUGAUCUCCUUGUUUAUACAGACUACAAUAUGGCGCAAUUUUUGCGUAUUCAUAAUCUGGGCAAUAUGUUUUUCACGGAGCGUUGGCUUCUCCUCGAGCUUAUUCGCGAAUUUCCCUUUGAAGAGGCUUUACACAUCUCCGAGGUGCAAUGGGCAGCUAUUGCGCUUGUUGCCUCUACUUGGUCUGAUGUGGGCUCCACCACCUUGUACUCGCAACUCUCCACUGAGCAGUCCUCGAUUGUCUUUGAGGCGGAGGAAACGCACUACACUCAGUGCGAUACAAAUCUGAUCAACAGUCUGGUUGGUGAUGAAUUUAAAUACAAUCCUCCAUACACUGCCGGGACUGAAAAAGUCACUUUUCUCCCCUCAGUACCUUCCCCUAAUCGCAAAAGUCGAGAGUCCACGUCCAUCCAUGAGGGCGAUCCAGUGCAUAUGAAGGACUGGGUUGUAGAAUUACCUUCACCUGAUGUAAUGGGUGGAGGUAGUAAUCCUUUCCUUCUUUUCAUCUGUGUUUCUAUGAUAUUGGAGUACAGAGAAGAAAUUUUGGAACAUGUUCAUGAAGUCUGUGAUUUAUUUCAUCUUUUUCAAACCUACAAUAAACAUCACAAUUUGGGGAGCAUCCUCAGUCGUGCUCGUGGCCUUUUUGAUGCCUACCUAAAGGAUCAGGAGAUGAAACGAUGA